GAACGGCCACCAAGAAAGAAAGAAAAAAAUGACAAACAAAAACCGAAAAAACAAUAAUACAAAAAAUAAAAAUAAAUAAAUUUUAGAGAGAGAAAUAGGAAAAAAAAAACUCCGGCAAAGAAUUUUUGUGUGUUUAUUGAUAAUCAUCAUAACAAUAAACCAGCAUCACGAUCUGGAUCCCCAAUAAACUCUCAAAAAAAACAUUGUUUCUGAUUCAGUUUCUUUCAAGGGGGGAUCCAGAUCGUGUAUGCUGGUUAUGUUUUUGUUUUUUCUGGGUUCAGAAAUUCAUUUAAAAAAAAAAUACAUAAUUUAGGUCUUUUUGGAGGGAGUUUAUUGUGGUAAGGAAUGUGGAGAGAUCCUGGAGCUCCGACAGAUUCAUUUUAUCUAAUUCGGCCUGAAUGUGCCGAUGAUGUUCCUAAGACUAAGUUCAAGAUCAAGGCGGGGAAAACUCUCAGUGAAAGACGAUGGCGAGCUGCAUUUAGUCCUGAAGGUUAUUUGGAUAUAGCCAAAACACUGAGCCGAAUUCAUCGCGGGGGUAUUCAUCCAUCAAUUAGAGGAGAAGUUUGGGAGUUCCUACUUGGGUGCUUUGAUCCUAGGAGCACCUUUGAUGACCGAGAAGAUAUAAGAAAACGUCGAAGGGUUCAAUAUGCUACAUGGAAAGAAGUGUGCAGGCAGAUGGAUUCUGUUGUUGGUAGUGGCAGGAUUAUCACGGCACCCUUGAUCACUGAAGAUGGAUUCCCUAUUCAAGAUCCUUUAAACCUCUUGGAAGCAAACCCAAAUGGUAAUGCAUCAGAUGAUCCAAGUGUAUCACAAAAGGAGGAUUCUGAACAAAUCACAGACAAAAGAAUAAUUCAGUGGAAGCUUACCCUUCAUCAGAUUGGUCUCGAUGUGGUUCGCACUGACAGGACACUAGUUUACUAUGAGAAGCAAGAACAUUUAUCAAAGCUAUGGGAUAUUUUAGCAGUGUAUGCCUGGAUAGAUAAGGAUGUUGGCUACUGUCAAGGUAUGAGUGAUCUCUGCUCCCCCAUGAUUAUGAUCCUUGACGAUGAAGCGGAUGCAUUCUGGUGCUUUGAACGCUUGAUGCGCAAAUUGAGAGGCAAUUUCAGAUGUACGGAUAGCUCUGUUGGUGUGGAGACCCAACUUACAAGUCUGGCAUCAGUUAUUCAUAUCCUUGAUCCAAAGCUUCAUCAACAUAUAGAGGCGCUAGGUGGAGGUGACUAUCUUUUUGCAUUUCGUAUGCUUAUGGUCUUAUUCCGUCGAGAGUUCUCAUUUGGCGAUUCAUUGUACCUUUGGGAGAUGAUGUGGGCCUUGGAAUACGAUCCUGAUUUAUAUUGCAUGUAUGAAGAACCUGAAUCUAUGGGAAGAAGUGAAGGAUCUAAAAAGCCGAAGUCAUCACGCCAAUUUGGGAAGUUUGAGAGAGAAAAUAUGAAGAAUGGAGGUAAUGUUGGAGACCAAGGACCAGUACCUAUUUCAGUUUUCCUUGUUGCCAGCGUUCUGAAGGAGAAAAGCACAAAAUUGUUGACAGAAGCAAGGGGCCUAGAUGAUGUCGUGAAGAUACUAAAUGACAUUACUGGAAAUUUAGAUGCCAAAAAGGCUUGCACUGGAGCAAUGAAGCUUCACAAGAGGUACCUAAGAAAGGUCAAAACUGCUUAGAACCUUGAGUUGACCCAAACACGAUAUGUAUCAAAAAUUUUGCCUCCUAAAAAAUCAGAAUAAUGGUGGGACGUCCGAUGAUAAAAAAAAGAAUGUAUUGGACAAAAGAAUAAUGGUUACUUACAUGUAAAAGAGUUCAGCUCAGUGGAAGCUUAUAGAGAGCAGUAUCCUCCCUUUGACAGCAAAUAUUUUCAGCGGAGGAAGUUGUAUGUGAAAUAUGUUCAUUCUUGUUCGAUGUGUUUGUAUAUUCAAAACCUUGUGUUGUAAGUUUGUAUUUUUAUUUAUCAAUAUCAAUUUCAAUUCAUUGUUGUUUGUAAACUUUGCAAGAUUCAAUUGAAAGAAAUACAGAUUACAG